GCAAUUCAAUUCAAAGAAUGAAACUUUAUAUUAAACAUCAAAAUGUAAAUUUUGGAAUCAAUUUUGAGCCAUUUGGUGGCAUUGUUUUUCUUUUUUGUCAUUGAUUUUGAAUAAAGCUCAUCUUCGUCUAUAAUACAACAAUAAUAUUUCAUCAACAAGGGGGAAAAGACAUACAGAAAGCAUUUGUAUAUUUUCAUGGCCAGACGUCCAGGCAGCCAUAAUUCGAGGUAAUAUUUAAACCACAAAGAUAAAUUAAAUGUUUCUCGCUAUAACCGUACGAUAUCAAAGUCCAAACGCUGGAUUAUUUAUGAAAGUAUACUAACGUACACUUGAAUUUAUGGGAAAGCAUAUGAUACGAUUUGAAGCAGCUAUGCAAAAUAAGAGUUAAUAUUUCUCAAUACAACAAGUUGGACCUUUGUUUACGUUUUAAAGGCCUUUACAAGUAUACAUUGUUGGUUUGUAAUCGUCUUCUGGUUGUGAUUUCUAACUAUUACUCAUGUCAGAAACGGUUAGAAAUGAUAUUAAUUCCAAUGGAUCUGAGUUACAUAAAAAUUGUACAGACGAAACGGGUUCGUGUUCUGAUAUAAGAGCGAAUGAGCAAAGUGAUGAUAUUAAUGCUGAAAAUAAUGGCCAAACAGAACACGAUAAUAUGGCGAAUAGUCAAGAAAAUGAAGAAAUCCCUUCUUUAAAGACAGAGAAGCAGACUUCAGAAACGGAACAGGAAUUAAAAACAGAACUCAUCAAGAUUAAAACGGAGUAUAAGGCCUGUUUAGAGCGAGAAAGUGAACUCUCAACAAAAUUACAAAAGAUUGAUUUUCAAACAGUCAAGGUUGCUGAAUUGGAAAUCUUAAAUGAAGAACUACGGGAACAAUUAAAUGAAUCUUUAAAAGAGUGUGGCUCUUUGAAACAAGACUUAGAAAAGUAAGUAUAUGGUAAUAUGUUACAAAAUAUUCUGUUACAAGAUAAAUAACUCAGGUCAUGAGUGUUGCAAGAUUAAAUUACAAUGUUAAUAAAUUUUGUACUUUGAGUAAAGUUAAAAAAAAGAGUUCAUUUUCGUGUGUGACUGCAUAUUCCUCUUUAUUAAAAUAAUCACUUUUUAAUUUUUUUAUUUUAUUUUAUUUUAUUUACUAUAACUUUAUGCAGAAAUUAACAUAUGGUACUUAAAGAGAUUACAGGAAGUGCCACAUGGCAUUUCCUUAAAAUAAUUGCAUGACAUAAUUUAUCCACAUAGUGAUGUUAAGUAUCAGUUCAUUGACAUACCAUGUGGUAAAAUGCAUUUCAAUCAAUCUCUUGAGAAUUCAAAGACAGUUAAAUGGUGAACAUUCUUGCAUAUCUAAUCAGUCAUGGUUUGAGUAACCAGAUUAAAGCCCAGGUCACACUACACAACGAUAACGAUACGAUAACUUGUAUACGCGUGCUGAUUGGUCAAACAUUUAUCGUUAUCGUCCAACUAAAAAAUAUCGCUCUUGUGAUCGUUUUUAAAAUCGUUAUAUUCAAACGAUAAUUUUAUCAUAUUUGUCGUAGUGUGGACACUAACAUAAUUUGUUUGCCAAUUAUCGUGUGUUUACAAUUUAUCGUAUCGUUAUCAUUGUGUAGUGUGACCAGGCCUUAAGGCUGGUCAUAGUGUCUUCGUCAGUUCAUCUGGUUUGUUGCUAAAGGUAUGUUUACACACAAUGACUAAUGGCGCUGAUUCAGCUUUACAGUGCGUCUACUGUAAGUGGGGCCACUUAAAGAACACUAACCAAUCACAUUGCAGAACAGAAAGUGAAAAAAUCAACAAACGGCGCAUUAGCCAAUCAGCAUUAGGGCAAAAACAAUUCGAACAAAUAAACGAAUGUCAAACGGUAAAAAUAGACUUGUAAAAGUAAACACAGCAGUUAAUGGCUUCCUGAAUCUUUCUUUUGAUUGGACGAGCUUUAGUUUGAUUAGAUGUUUCUUUUUGUUCUGCAAUGCGAUUGGUUAGUGCUCUCUAAGUGGCCCCAUUUACAGUAGACGCACUGUAAUUGGAUGAUAUUUGAAAAAUACAUUCAUCAAUAACACUUGGCAAAACCUUCAAGAAAAAACACUUUAAAAACCCUAAAAUUCACUUUUUGCUAUGUAAAAAUAUAGAAAUUGUUUUGUUUUUGCAUAAUAAGCCUCGUUCUCGUGCAGUAUGAAGGCGCGGCCACUAAGUUUCGCAAUUGGUCUAUACUAAGACUGGAAUUAUUUAAAGGUUGGGUUAUUUUCAGACCUUUGCCUCAGAAGUGACUUCAAUCUGUUUGUAGUGUUAUUCAAGAGAAAAAAGACCUCCAGAUUACAGUUUCAUCAUCCAAUGAUGAAAACGAUUCAAAUUCCAAAACGCUAGAAGACAAAGUAAGAACUCUAGAGACACAAUAUGAUGAUUGUAAUAAAGAAUUGGCUGUCACAAAAGAUAAGCUUCAUGCUCAUGAUCUGGCAGCGAAGAAAGCAAUAUCCUCUCUCAAGAAAGAGCUACAACUCCGAGUUGAUCAGGUGACAAAAAUGUACGAAGAGUGUUUACGGGAGCGUGAUAGUUUGACAGUAAAGGUCUCUCAACUUACGGAAGAGAAACAAGAAAUUUCCAAAAUGCAAGAUACCAUGGAUAAGAAAAUGUCAGAGUUGGCAAAGGUACUGAAUAUAGUUAUACUAGUGUCCUGUUUUUUUAUAACUUACAUUUCAAAAAGUAAACUAGGUGAAGUUUGUAAUCCACUGGACAAACAAGGAAGUAUUUUUUUGUGGAAACAGUGUUUUUAGCCAUGUUUCCUGAAGGUGAGCAUGCCAAGAAAAAUUGAGUUUUCAAUCAAAUUGAGUUGAAAUGUCCAGAGCAUGUAAUUUCUUUCAUGUUUGUUGGGAAGAAUAUUGCAAGGCCAUUCCCAGGAUGGCCUGUUUUUCUGCAACUAUACUUCUUAGUUAUCUCAAAACGUGGCAUUUUAAUAUUGUAACACUUGGCCAAAGGAAAGCAGAAAAGUCAUGUUAACUGCCAGUAGCUUUCUGGAAAGUACUUUUCAUUGGCUGUAGAGCCUCGUUUUCAUGAUUGAGAUUAGCUGUAGAGCCUCGUUUUCAUGAUUCAGUAUUUCACAGAUUUUGACCUAGAGAUAUAAUUUCUCUUUUGCAACUGGAUGAUUGUGUAAUUUUUUCAAAAACAAGAGAUGAAAAGUCCUAAAACUUAUUAGCUAAUUCAAUCACAAGAACGAAGCUCUAUAUAGCGAAGAAUUAGAACUUUCUGGAAGGAUAUGUUGAAGCUUCACCUAUGAAAUCUUACUCAAACAUGUUUUCCAAGGAAAACGAGAAACUGCAGCAACAUGUAAAGAAAAUUCAAUCUGAGUACAAAACAUGCCAGGCAUCACUACUCGAUCAAGAGAGAGAGAUAAUUGAAAAACAGAAGGAAGUCGAGAAAGCACAAGAAGACACAAACUCGCACGUUGUUAAAGUGAAGUGGGCACAGAAUAAACUGAGGUCUGAAUUAGAUGCUCAUAAGGUAGGUGGUUUUGUUUUUGGCUCAAUAUGAUAUUCAGAAGAUGAUUUCUUAUAAUAUUUGCCAUGCACCUGUAUAGGAAACAAAAACAAAGUUGACACAAACUUUACAAAAACUGAAAGAAGCAAAAGAAGAAGGGGAACAGAUUAGAGCAGAUUGUCAAGCAAUGAUAAAACAGUACCAGGUAAACAGUUUUUUGUAUUUUAACUGAACCAAGAUGAUUGCAAUUUCAGUAGGAUUGUUCAAUAUCAGGGGCAGUGGAUGGUGACAAUUUUUUUCGGGGGGGGGGGGCACAAUUCCUGAAUGGGAACUGAUUCAGGCGACAUCAUUCUGUAUAUAUUUUCAGGAAUCGGAGGAAAUGAAAUCAAUCUCGCUGGAUCAAGAAUUAAAACAAAAAAAAUCAGAAUUACAGAAACAUACUCAGUCGAUUGCAACCCAAGACGAGGUAGAAGAUUUGUAAGAUUGCUGCCCGAUCAGACACAAUUACGUUUUCACUAAAGUCUGGUCCUAACUAUGACACAAGCAUAAGCAAGUGGAACACUUUGAUGUUCUUAUGCUGUGUCCUCACUACAACGCAAUAUAAAGCACAAGCCUAAGCAACAACAUAAGCAUAAGGAAAUGAAUGCAAUGUUUUGAUAUUCUUAUGUUUAUGCUUAUGUUUAUGCUUAUGUUCAGGGCUGGAUUAACGUCGCGCGAGGCCCGUGGCAGAUUUUAGCGCGAGGCCCCUCAACCCCGUUAUGAAAACCUUUGCAAUUCAAAGACACACAAAAUUAUUAAAUAAUUGCUUUCAAUAUUUCAAUUGAUUGGCAUCAAUUAUAAACAAUUGCCUGCCUGGCCCAGUUGUUGGGUCAACAAGUAUAAACAGGAUCAUGUAUAACAGAUCAGCGCAACUGGAGAUUACAUGCAUACAAGUAUUGUUAUUUUCCUGGGGUAAACUGCCAAUCCUAGGGGCCUUAAAGGCGAGAUGUCCCUAAUUCGUGAGGCACCUAAAAUGGGCGUAUCCCAAUAGAAAAUAGGCGUGUUCUCGUAAAAAUGGGCGUGGCACAGUCAAGCGCGAGGCCCCCAUAAGCGCGAGGCCAGCUGCAUAUGCCGCAUCUGCCACGUGGUUAAUACGGCCCUGCUUAUGUUGUGUUAUAGCGAGGACAGUGCAUAAGAAAUCAAUAUGUUUGAUCCCUCUUAUGCCUGUGCUUGAGUUGUAGAGAGGACAGGUCUUAACUGCACUACUGCAUGAUUUCUUUAAUAUAGAACAAUAAAAAUCUUUCACAAGAACUCAGUAAGAGGAAAGAAGAAGUUAAAAACUUGAGCGAAGAAAACAAUAAUCUAAACACAAAGGUCUGUGUCCACUGAUAACUUCAGUCAAUUUCCCUAGUGUGAUGAAACCAACCCAUGUAUAUUUUCCAUUUACUAUAUUAAAAUUUCAUCAAGCAGAUGAAAAAUUUGGAGGAGAAGGUUGCAAAGUAUGCUCUGGCUAUUUCAACUUACGAGAAAACCGUGGCGAACCAGAGGAAAGAGAUGGAUAACCAGAUCAUAAGGAUUGAAGAUUUAGAGAAAUUAAAAAGUCUCCUGUUCAAGUAAGGACUAAAUUUUUUCAGGCACAAUGCUUGCUUUUAUUAAAAGAAUUCUCAUACUGAUAUGUACAGUUUUAGCUAUAUAUAUUGAAGAACCAUUAACUCCCAAUAUGAUUUUUGAUAUAUGUUUAAUACUUGGGAUUUGGAUGAUGGGUUUUUGUAACAUUUGAUAGAGCGGCGCACUGACAAAAUCUCGAAUUCACUUAUUGAACUAUUUCUGUUAGUUCUGAAGAGAGCAACCAGAAACUGUCGGUUGAAAAGACUCAGCUAACUUACACUGUCAGUGAACUUCAAUCAGAGAUGGCUGCUGUUCAUGCGAAGGAAUCAGAACUGCUUGACUAUAUAGAAAAGAUGACUGCAAAAUGCACUCAACUACAGUCAACGUUGUCCGUCAUUCAAGCCCAGGUGCGUAUAAAGUACUUUAAUUAAUGAACAAAAAUUAAACAUGAGCAAACAUUUAAAAAAAUAGUGAACAUGUAGAUAUAACACCUGGUAUUUUUGGUAUUCUUGCUGUCGUAGAAUGAAGCUCUGAACAAAGAAAAUGAGGGAUUGAAAACAAAUUGCAGCAAUCUUGAAGCAAAUAACAAUAACUUGGUAAGUUUGACAUUCCUUUCCUAAGUACUUGUUUCACUAUACUCGGCCGUGAAUUGCAAGUCACUUCCAACGCGUUAUGAGGUUUCUUCUCCUGCAGAAUUCGUCUCUGAAGAGUGAAAUACAAGCCAAAUGUGCUAAAGAAACUGAGUUGCAGGAAAAACUUGGAGAAAAAACUAAAGCAGGUAUCUAGUAGAUCUUGUUUCCUUAGUGUUUACUCCGACAAAGAAUCGUCCAUUGGCAAGUGAAACCGAUAGAUAGAAUACUACCGCUAGAAUUACUUCGUCUUCGUUCCAGCUUGCUCCGUGCGUGUCCGCACAUCGAACCACGAAUCCCCGCCAUUGACUUCUUCUCCUGGGCUAAAGGAAUUUCGCCUGCCAUUCGAGUUUGCCUUCAAAUCCUUUGCCACUGGGCACUGGCACUGUCGAUCCUUUCCAAGUGACAGACCCUUCUCCUCCCGUCCUCAGGGGAAAUGUUUCAGCUCUUCUCUACAACCGAUGGUCUACAUUAUAGUAACGUCUUUUAAACAUGUACAUUUCUUUUCUAGUGCAAGAAUUGGCAACCAAUCUGGAGGAUAUCAAGAACGAACUUAAAGUGACGAAAAAGAAAAACGCGGCACAUUUAAAGGUAUGAAAGGGAGCGAACGAGAGUGGGAACUUUCACGCUAAAAAUUCACAAUCUGACAAAGCCCCGCACAUGCAGACGAGCGAGUUUUCCUUGACAAGCUUACUUUCUCAUUAAAGGUGGAAUAAUACGGGCAACAAGAUUGCUGCAACUUGCAACAAAAUCUGAUUUCUACGCAUGUUAAUUGAAAAUGUUCACACAUAAGAGGUAAUAUGUGUCAACAUUUCUGCUUAAUAUGCGUUGAAAUCACAUUUUGUUGCAAGUUUCAGCAAUUCUGUUGCUGUUAUUACUCCAGCUUAACGUCAUUAUUAUUACAGGAUAUCACAAGACAGCUGCAGCAGUCAAAAAGGUAAACAACUUCAGUUUAGCUGCAUGAGAAAACCUCUCUUGAAGUUUAAACGAUUUUGUUUUCCUCUUGAAACAGGAAAGUUGAUUCUAUGGAAAAGAAGUCGACGAAAGAACGUCUGGAUAGUGAUUCACGUGCACCUUCCAGCGGUUCAAUUGAUAAAACUGAUAACGUAAUAGCACACCAAUCCAUGAACAACACCCAUCAUCCUCCGUUAUCCCCACCUGCUUAUGGAGUGAACAAUGGAGGGGUAAGAUAUAUGUAUUCUGGGAAAGCAUAAUAUAGUUCAGCAGCAAUAAAGAUCUGGGCUCAUGGAUCAAAACCUGGGCGACUGUAACCGUUUACAUUUGCAAUUUUUGCUGCUCAUCACUCAUUCAUAAUUCAUCCACUCAUUCACAUCCGUCAGAAGAAGAACAUCGCACCUUUAAUGGAAACAGAAAUUGCGAAAGGGUCUUUGUUCUGACGUUUUCCACAUAUAUUAUAUUUAACAAAUAUAAAACAUUUUCCGUGUUGAUAUACAGUUAUAUCAACACGAGUGGAAAUUGGGAAAACGAGAAAUUGUGUGGAAACACGACGCCCGAAGGGCGGAGUGUUUUCACACAAUUUCGAGUUUUCCCAACUUCCACGAGUGUUGAUAUAACUAUAUAUCAAUACGGAAAAAUGUUUAUAUUUGUUUUAUAAUAUAGCAAUGUCAAAAGCCCGAAGAAUAAGAAAAAUUUCCGUGUUUACAAGCGGCGGAAAAUUUCCCGUGUUGACAUGGAGUUAUAUCAACACGGCUCUUAGCCAAUCAGCGUUCAGAAUUUACAAAUGCUAUAUUAUAAUUAUAAAUUUGUAAUAGUAAAUAAUAAAAGGUUUUGUUUCAUUGCAGGUUUCAUUAUAUAACUCUGACGAUUUGGUAAGUUUAUGAAUGGUCUUUGCGCUUGAUAUAGCUACUUGUAGUAGCUGACAGUUAAUUUGCGACCACUGAUAGGCAUGUCGACUGUCGUGGAAUAUUGGGGAUGUGAAUUUCUCAUGCGUUGCCAAAAUAUUUCCGUCCUUGUGUUGCGGCGAAUUUCAGUUCUCGAAACGUUUUGGUUCAAACCUAAUCCAGACUGCCCCAAAUAGAAGGCCAUUUGGCAUUCAAGAUUGGAAACACCAUAGACUGAUAAGACUGAUAAGCUAUUAAGGUUCAUAGAAACUAUUAGAGAGGCAUUUCUUCGUCUUUGAGCCCUUCCAAUGCUUCUAUUCAUUAAAUAACUAAAUAAAACCAAAACAUCUUUCCUUCAUUAUCAUGUAGAUGUCAACGCAGGUGGAAAUAAAAACAAAAUCAUCUCAUAAUAAAACGAGCAAUCAUGAAUUCGAUCACGAGAAAUCGAUCAUGGUGGAACGAAUUUGUCAACUUCAGAAAACACAUGCGAAGAAGAAUGAGAAAAUAGAUUUCCUAGAGGAACAUAACCACACUUUGGUGGACGAAAUUACUAAAAAGAAUAAGUAAGACUUUAGAGGAUAGAAACCCAGUAUAUAUUCCGACUAUGAUAUAUAACAUCAAGUAGUAGUUGUAGAUAUUCCUUAAAUCGUCUAUUAGGGGGCUGUUAAUAGAGAGAAGGGCCGGAGGGCUUAUUGAUUUGGCCAAAAUGUAUCAAUUUCGUUCCCAGGCUCUCUCCUUUACGUUCGUGGCUAACCCCCACAUGACCCUGGGAACGAGAUUGGAAAUGCAUUAGGUAAAGAAACAUAAUAAAUCUUAAUCGUCACGGUUUAAUUAUUUUCCAGACUUAUUCAAUAUUACAUGGUCAAAGAGGACAGUGGUCAACUCACGUCUAGCGAUUACGAUGAGAAAAAGGUAGAUAAUGACAACAGCAACGACAACAAUAACAACCGCAAGAACAACAACAUGAAGAACAACGACAACAACAAAUCAACAACAAGAACCACACCAAUAAAAAUAACAAACAAAGACAAGAACAGUAUCAAGAAGAAUACCAAGUAG